CUUUCAAUGACAUUAACGGUAGUGUGGCACUAAAGCAGAAUUGCCUCAGCUAAUGUUAUCCGGUAGCGUUAAGCUAACUUCAGAGCGCUUUCCAAGAAGAUUUGAACUUUGCAACGAUGUCUAAAUUCAGCUUCAGAAGAAAUGACAAAAUGGCAUUUAAGCACAUAGCUCAUGGCUUGAUCCCUGCCGCCACCAUUGCUCCCAGGCCUGCCGUUCCCCGCACCCCUCCCCCUCGCAGCCCAUACCCCUCUCCAGAACGACCCAGGUCUGCUUUGGCAGCUGCCAUUUUGUCCUCCUCAUUGACUGGCCGCACAGUGGCCAUCCCUCCACCAAGACAGAGGUCUUACUCAGAGAGUGAAUGCUCUCGGUCUGAAAGCCGGUCAGCUGUGGAGCCUUAUGCCAGCACUGCAGAGUACACAAGGGAUAGGUGGUCCAGGUCUAUGGCUGGUAGGCCCCGCUUGCCUUCUCCUGAGCAUUCUGAUGAAGUGUACAAUGAUGAUGAAGCGGAAGAGUUAGAGAGAGAAGUGCUUUCAGACCCGGAUGAAGGCCACAUCUAUCAGUCUUUGGAAAGGCAGAGGGGGAAUCUGGUUAAAACUGAUAUCUACGCUGUGCCACUGAAACAGGGAGCUGGUCAGUCAGGGGUUAGUGAUAUCACUGAAGACUCUGUGUACGCUUUAGAGUCCGCUCACCACACAGAAGAGGACACUGGUCUGCAGGAAACGGGUUCAUCACACAAAGUGGAGCAGAAGCCCUCAACUAAGAGAACAGUAUCAUCUCCAGAUUUGACAGACAAUUUAAUGGAGUCUCCCAAAACAAACCCAAGUUCACCCAGAAAGAAACUGCUAUCAAAGAAGAGCUCAGUGAGAGACAUCAGAUCAGUGGAGGAUGAUGCGUACAGAGAGGUGCUGGAAAUGCAGAAGGAGCUUGUGAGAGGAUUGAGGGAGCAGAACCAGGGGCUGGUUGCAGAAAAUCGGAUGCUGGUGCAGAAAUGCAAGGAGCAGAGUCAACAACUGCAGAAGAGCCAGGAGUGCCUGCAGCAACUGGAGCAGCAGUACAAGAAGGUGCAGGCCACCAGGGACAGAAGCCCCCCUGCAGAUGAGCGAACAGAGCUGCACAUCCUCCGCCAACAAGCCCAGGAACUGGUGGAUGAGAACGAUGGCCUGAAAAUGACUGUCCAUCGCCUCAAUGUGGAGCUUAGCCGAUAUCAAGCAAGAUUCAGACCACUGACUAAGGAAGAGAGCACCAGGAUCAAUGCUUUGCCUCUGAAAGGACCUGCACCACCCUGGCUGCUGGACAUGAAAUAUUUAUCUCCACUCUUGCUGGCAUAUGAAGACAGGCUCAAUGAAAAGGAAUCUCUAAUAAAGGCUUGUGAGGAGGAUCUGAAGAAUAUCCGUGACCGUGCAGAGCAAGUGGUGCAGGAGAACGAGAAGCUCCAUGAACAGCUGGGGAAGGCAAAGGGUGUCAGUCAGAAGGAGUGGCGCCAGCUGCAGGAUCAGGCCAAGCUGGUGCUGAAAGAGAACCAGGUGCUGAUGGAACAGCUGGAGGUACAGCAGGUGAAAGCCAAGGAGAGUCACGGUCGCCACAUACAGGAAGUGUCUAAGGUAUCCAAAGAGCUCAUCCUGUUGGAGGCAGAAAAGCAGAGCCUGCAGGAGGAGCUGUGUGAGGCUCGCAGGGAGCUGCAGGCUCUCCGGGUGCAGCACCAGCAGGUCCUCUCCACCCUAGAGAAGGCAGUCAGCUGGGAGGAGCACUGCACCAUCACCAGCAAGUUAAAACGGCAGCUUGAACAAAUGGAGGAGAGCAAGAAGAGGGAAGUGGAGGACUUGAUGGAGAGAGUGGCAUCCCUCCAAACAGAAAAGAAAAGUCUGCAGCUGGAGAAAACUAACCUCACUGCAGAUAUUAAGAGUGUUGAGACUGAGCUGGAAAUAUCACGCCAUUCCAACAGAAAAGCCCAGAGGAAAAUAGGGCUGCUAAAGCAGCAGGUGGAGGACUCCUUGGAUAAGGAGCUGACAGCCCACCACUACCUGAGCAGCAUUGUGACACUGGCAGAGAAGACCAAGCAGGAGAGGGACCACCUCAUACACAUGGCCUCAGCAUUGGAACAGGACAAGCAGGGAGUUCUCACCCAGUUCGUCAAGGGCACUGUGCGUCUCGGAAAGCUGCAAGAAAAGGUCAAGGUGUACAAAAAGCAGGCAGCCACCAGGCUGGGAGUCAUGGGCCACCGGCUGCAAGAGCAGGAGGACGACUUUGCUGGGAAGGCUGCAUCUUACCAGAGAGAAAUCCGACACCUCCAGCGGCUGCUGCGAGACAAGCAGGAAGCUCUGGACGGAGUGCUGCAGCAGAAAAGAGCAGUGGAAGGUGAACUGGAGAUCGUGUGGGAGUCCACGACCAGGGAGAACCAGAGGAUUAAGGAGGCCCUGUUUGAGACCAUCACCAGGGGACCUAGGACAGAAGACCUGGAGCAAAACCAGACACCUCUCACAGGGUUUCACUCACUGGGCUUUAUGGAGGGGCCUUCCCUGGGCUGGAGGUCCCAACAGCAAAAUGAGCUCUCUCCACAGACCCAGCCUGGGAGCUCCACCCCUCCUCCUCUUACCUCCCGCCAGGGCACAGCCAUGCCAGGAGUCCAUCGUAGCCCAAUGUUUGAGUCCGACUCGGACCAGCAGCAAAACCCUUCCUCUGAUGAGAGUGAAAAGAACGGCCUGGACUUCUACUCGUAGACGUGCUAGGUUUGACUGGCUCCCCACAAACUGUAGAAUUCACAUUCAAAGUACUCAAAAGUCUUAACAUUUCAAUCCAUGCAUCUGUAUAUGUCUG